CAGGGAAGACUAUAACGUCUAAACUCAACGGGCGUUAUUUUCUUCUGUGUAUUCUAGUAUACUACAAUACAUAUAGUAUCAAUCUGUUCGACCAUACAGGAAAAACACAACCCCCUUUCCCAGGACACGAAGGGCUGGAGCAGCACUUCCGCUCUGUGAGUGACAGCUGCCUGACACAGCCUGAGCUUUCAGUUUUGUACCGCUCAGCGAUGGGUUCAAUCCUGGUGAAAUGUGCGAUGAUCGAUUUGACCAUUCAGUGGGUUCUCUGGGCUGCAGCGAGCAUUCUGCAAACCGAGAAGUUUUAUGACUUGGCUGGGUCAGGGACGUUCAUCCUCUUGACUCACCUGAGUUACAGGUGGAGCGGCACCAGCUACUGUCGACAGAAAAUACAGAGUACCUUGGUAACCGUGUGGGGCUUGAGAGUGUUGAAGGAAGGCCGUGAUAGACGAUUCAAUGAAGUUCGCACCAGCCCAAAGCAGUUCUUUGUUUACUGGACACUUCAAGGUGUUUGGAUCUUUGUAACGCUUCUUCCCACACUAAUUCUAAACACUCGAGGAAAGGACCAGCCUUUGUGUGUCCGGGAUUAUACCGGAUGGAUAAUCUGGGUUUUGGGCUUUGUUAUAGAAGCAAUUGCAGACCAGCAGAAGUGGAAUUUCAAAAAUCAUCCUGAUAAUGUUCGUUCUUCAAGAGUCUUGGUUGAUGUCCAGCCAGCACCAGCUAAGCGUUCACGAUCAAUUGAAAAGGCAAAUGAUUCCAUUGUGGCUAAAACCACUCUGACGUUGCCAAAUAAUGGCGGGCCAAUCGAAGCAGUUUCUACAAUCGAGACAGUGCCAUACUGGACACGAAGCAGGAGACGAACAGCAAAUCUGAAAGGACCAGAUCUUGAUGCCAUUUCGGAAACUCCCUCGAGCACCCCAUCAGCAACCAGUAGAUCUGAUAUUUGCAGCACGCCUCAGAGUAAUGGAGGGAUGAGGACUCAUGAGUUUGUCUCUAAAACGGUUAUAAAGCCGGAAUCAUGUGUUCCUUGUGGCAAAAGGAUAAAAUUUGGGAAGCUGGCCUUGAAGUGCCGAGACUGCAGAGUUGUGUCUCACCCUGAAUGCCGAGAUCGCUGUGCACUCCCCUGUAUCCCAACUUUGGCGGGAACCCCUGUAAAAAUUGGUGAAGGAGUUUUGGCAGAUUUCACAUCUUCUAAGUCACCCAUGAUCCCAUCCAUUGUGGUGCAUUGCAUCAAUGAGAUUGAGCAAAGAGGAUUAUCUGAGACUGGACUGUACCGUAUCUCGGGGUGUGACCGCACUGUGAAAGAGCUGAAGGAGAAGUUCCUGAAAGGGAAGAACAUGCCAUUGCUCAGCAAAGUGGAUGACAUUCAUGUAAUUUGUGGGCUUCUGAAAGAUUUUCUGAGGAAUUUGAAGGAGCCCCUUGUAACUUUCAAACUGUAUUCAGCGUUUGUAAGUGCAGCAGACAUUACUGACGACGAUAACAGUGUUGCAGCAAUGUAUCAAGCUAUCAGCGAGCUGCCCCAACCUAACAGAGAUACUUUGGCAUUUCUGAUGAAUCAUCUGCAGAGAGUGGCUAACAGCCCAAACUGCAAGAUGGACAUAGCCAACCUUUCCAAGGUCUUUGGCCCUACAAUUGUGGGUUAUUCCACACCUGAUCCAUCACCCAUGUCAAUGCUACAGGAAACCAAGCUGCAACCGAAGGUGGUUGAACGUUUCCUAUCUUUGCCAGUGGAGUACUGGAGCCAGUUUACAAUGGUGGAACAGGAGAAUAUCCAACCUAAUCGUAUCAUUGAAAAUUCUAAUGCUUACAGCACUCCUGAAAUGAAAGUGAGCAUGCUUGGGCCACUGACCACUCCAGAACAUCAAAUAAUUGGCAAGACCCCCUCGUCCAGUUCCUUAUCUGCACGAGUCAAAUCCAGUCUGACCAAGACCACUCCCAAGUUUGGAAGCAAAGGCAAGUCAUCAAUCAAUUUCAAUCGAACUGGAAACUUCUUUGCCUCCCCAUUAUUGAAAUAAUCUCACAUUUAACCAAAUAGCCACAAAAAUCAAAAUAAGCUUCCCUGGAAUUUCGCAUUAAACCAACAAGUGCAACCUGCAGGUUUUUUGUAUAACAAUCUGCAUCAUACAGUAGUUUUAAUAAUGUGUAAUCACCAGUCUAAUCCUUUUAAAUAUAAUGUAGUUGACGUCUGUUAUUAGAGAUGAUACUUUUUUUAAUGUUUUGAGCCUAUUUUUAAGUAGAUAACUUCUAUAUUCCAAUUUGUAAUACUACAGCUUACCAGUAUGAUGGGAACAUUGAAAGUUUAAUUCUGUAACCUUUAGACUGGCAACUGAUUUGAAAAAAAACAUUGGUAUGUGUCUCAGAAAUACUAAAAGCUCAAAGUGAAAGAUUAUUUUACAUAGUCAAAGAUUGUGGGAUCUGUUAUUACAGAAUGAGAAAUGUAUGGGGGAUAACUGAAGGAUUGCUAUAAUCCACUAAUUAUAUCCAGCUGACUGAACAAUUCUGCCUAGCAUUGAUCUGGCUGAAUUUUUGUAUUCUGCAAUUUUCUGCCUUUUGUGGAGCUAUUAAACCUGUACGAAAGA